UAGAAGCCAUCACUUUCUUCCUUCUCUCACUCGCAUUGUUUCUCUCUCUCUCUCUCUCUUUGAUUCUACAGUAACGAGCUCGGUUUCAAGCUUGCACACAGUGCGUCUUUUGUUUUCUCUUUCCUAGGGUUUGUGUUUUUGGUUCUGAUCAUGGCGUCGAUGUCGUCGCCGGAUCAGGGGCCUAAGACAGAGGCGGGAGGAGGAGGAGGAGAGAGCUCGGAGAAUGUGUCGGCGAGUGAUCAGAUGUUGCUGUAUAGAAGUUUUAAGAAGGCGAAGAAGGAGAGAGGAUGCACAGCUAAGGAGCGUAUCAGUAAAAUGCCGCCCUGCACAGCUGGCAAAAGGAGUUCUAUUUACCGUGGAGUCACCAGACAUAGAUGGACAGGUCGGUACGAAGCUCACCUUUGGGACAAGAGUACUUGGAACCAAAACCAGAACAAGAAGGGCAAACAAGUUUAUCUAGGAGCAUAUGAUGAUGAAGAGGCUGCUGCUAGAGCCUACGACCUUGCUGCCUUGAAAUACUGGGGACCUGGAACACUUAUCAAUUUUCCGGUGACUGAUUACUCUAGGGAUUUAGAAGAAAUGCAAAGUCUCUCAAGGGAAGAAUACCUUGCAACUCUACGUAGGUGCGUAUGUAUUUUUUAUAAGUACUUUUUUUCCCACUUUAGGAACUAUUUAUUAUUAUUACUGAUACUUUUUAGAUAUACAUUUGGCAGAAAAAGCAGCGGUUUCUCAAGGGGAAUAGCCAAAUAUCGUGGCCUUCAAAGCCGAUGGGAAGCAUCAGCCAGUCGGAUGCCUGGACCUGAAUACUUCGGUAACCUUCAUUAUGGUGAUGAACGAGGAGCAGAAGGUGACUUUCUUGGCAGCUUUUGUCUGGAAAGAAAGAUUGAUCUAACGGGAUACGUAAAGUGGUGGGGAGUCAACAAACCCCGUCAACCAGAAUCUUCAUCAAAGGCAUCAGAGGAUGCAAAGGUAGAAGAUGCAGGUACUGAGCUUAAGACACUGGAACACGCUUCCCAGGCAACAGAGCCAUACAAAGCACCAAACUUUGGCGUUCAUCAUGGCACUCAGAGGAAAGGAAAACAAAUAACAUCGCCGUCCUCCACCUCUUCUGCUUUAAGCAUUUUGUCUGCGUCACCUGCUUACAAGAGCCUGGAGGAGAAAGUGAUGAAGAUCCAAGAAAGUAGCAGCACUAGAGAAAACGAUGAGAAUGCAAACCGUAACAUCAAUAGUACUGAGAAGAGUCACGGUAAGGAAAUAGAGAAACCACCGGUCGUUAGUCAUGGAGUUUCUCUAGGCAGUGGUGGUGGUGUUGCUCCUGCUGCUGCUGCUUUGUCUCUUCAGAAAAGCAUGUACCCACUUGCGUCUCUCUUAACUGCUCCACUGCUCAGCAAUUACAAUACAUUGGAUCCCCUUGGAGAGCCUAUUCUCUGGACACCGUUCCUUCCCCCAGGAUCUUCUCAUACUUUAGAGGUGACAAAGACAGAGACAAGUUGUUCCACAUACAGUUACCUCCCACAAGAGAAGUGAGCCGUUCCCCUUUAGACUGUUUGUGAAAAUGAUCUGAAGCAGGAAUGUACAGGUUUUUGUCAGUGUUUUAUGUGUAUUUUCAGUGUGGAAUAUACAUAGAAUCAUUAUACUUAAAUGUAAAACAUGCAAAAUUUAUGAUUAUACAGUAGUAUAAAGGUUUGCUCUUAAAA